GUAAAUGUUAAAAUUUUUAUUUAUAAUAAUUUUUAUGAUUCCUUUAUGUUUUAUAAAAAAUAUAUUUUGAUUGGUUCAAAUAUUUUUAUUUGUUAUAAUAUUUUUAUUUAUAAAUUUAACAAUUAGAUUAUAUAAUUUUAGAAAUUUAAGUUAUAUAUUUGGGUGUGAUAUAAUUUCUUUUGGUUUAAUUCUAUUAAGAAUUUGAAUUUGUGGUUUAAUGUUAAUAGCAAGAGAAAAUUUAUUUAAAUUAAAAUUUUAUAUUAAUUUUUUUUUAUUUAAUAUUAUUUUUUUAUUAAUUAUAUUAUAUAUAACUUUUUCAGUAAUAAAUUUAUUUAUAUUUUAUUUAUUUUUUGAGGGGAGAUUAAUUCCCACAUUACUAUUAAUUAUGGGGUGGGGAUAUCAACCUGAACGAAUUCAAGCUGGUUUAUAUUUAUUAUUUUAUACUUUAUUUGCUUCAUUGCCUUUAUUAUUAGGGGUUUUUUUUAUUUUUAAUAAAGAAAAUUAUAUUAUAAUUUAUUUUAUAAAAUUUUUGAAUUUAAAUAUAUAUUUACUUUAUUUUAGAAUAAUUAUAGCUUUUUUAGUAAAAAUACCUAUAUAUUUUGUUCAUUUAUGAUUACCUAAAGCUCAUGUAGAAGCUCCUGUAUCUGGGUCAAUAAUUUUAGCUGGAAUUAUAUUAAAAUUAGGAGGUUAUGGGCUAUUACGAGUUAUGAUUUUUUUACAACAAGUAGGUUUAAAAUUUAAUUUUAUUUGAAUUAUUAUUAGUUUAUUAGGAGGGUUUUAUGUUAGUUUAAAUUGUUUUUGUCAGGUUGAUAUUAAAUCUUUAAUUGCAUAUUCAUCAGUAGCUCAUAUAAGUUUAGUUAUUGGGGGAAUUAUAACAAUAAGAUAUUGGGGGUUUUUAGGUUCCUAUGUAUUAAUAAUUGGACAUGGUUUAUGUUCUUCAGGGAUAUUUUGUUUAGCUAAUAUUAACUAUGAACGUUUACAUAGACGAAGUUUGUUUAUUAAUAAGGGGAUAAUAAAUUUUAUUCCUUCAAUAAGAUUAUGAUGAUUUUUAUUAAUAUCGAGUAAUAUAGCUGCCCCACCCUCAUUAAAUUUAAUAGGGGAAAUUAUAUUAAUUAAUAGAUUAGUUAGAUGAUGUUGAUUUUCGAUAAUUUUUUUAAUGUUGAUUUCUUUCUUUAGAGCAGGAUAUAGAUUAUAUUUAUAUUCUUACACUCAACAUGGUAAAUAUUAUUGUGGAAUUUAUAGAUUUUAUACAGGCGUAUCUCGAGAAUAUUUAAUAUUACUUUUACAUUGACUACCUUUAAAUAUUUUAAUUGUGAAAAUUGAUUACAGAAUAAUUUGAUUUUA